AUGGUAAUUCUUGAACAAGUCUGCAACUGGUGCCAAGAGCAUAGGCAAUUUGUACAAUGUAACCCCAAAUGUUUAUAAUCUCCUGUCAGUAAGCGGCUCGACACGAAUGCUGCAGACAGCUGCCGUCCCGACCACCAAAAAGGACCACCGCUCCCACGGUGAACAUUUGUAUACUCUUCCGCGUAGUCGCCCAGAGUCUCGCUUUUCUAGCCAUGUCGUAGCAUUGCAAGAGAGCACACGUUCAAUAUGAGUCUUAGGUUCCGCUUCCUCAGUAUUUGCGUUACUCUCCUUACUCGACCAGGACUGAUCGGGGCGCGAAAUAUUCACCACACAGCUCCGACGGUGGAAAAGAGCAUAUCCGGAAACUCUUUGUUCGAGUACGAAGUAUCAUCCUUGAAGGUGCAAAGCUCCGACGAUGGUCCGAUUCUGAGCAGCGGAGAAUGCAAAGCAUUUCCAGGGGAUGCGGCCUGGCCGUCGGAACAGGAAUGGGACGACUUGGACGCGCGCCUCAACGGGGCACUCAUCCCGACCAUUCCAAUAGCGGCAGCAUGUUAUCGGAGUUGGGGUGUUUUUGACAAGGAGAAGUGCGACAUUGUCACUACAAACUUCAGCAAUCCUUACUUGCAUGAAGCAGACCCUACUUCGGUUAUGUGGCCCCUCUGGCAAGGGAGAAGCUGUUUGCCCUCUAAUGACACCAAUGGCACGUGUACUCUGGGAGGAUAUCCAGCAUACGUGGUUAACGUUAGCAGCGUCGCUCAGAUACAGCUAGCCUUGAACUUUGCCCGAGAUUCAAAUGUCCGACUAGUGAUUAAAAACACCGGCCAUGACUAUCUAGGAAAGUCUGGGGGAGCCGGGUCGCUGAGCGUAUGGACACAUCAUCUAAAAGACAUUGAGUUCCUUCCCCAGUAUGAGAGCGCUAGCUACAGCGGAAGUGCCCUCAAGGUGGGUGCUGGUGUCACAGUCCGUGAAGUAUAUGAAGCAGCCAAUUCGCAUGGCGUAACCGCGCUUGGAGGCAUUUGCGAGGUUUGUUUCCCAGACCAGACAAUUAAAACUAUUCUCACACAAUUGCAGAGCGUGGGAUUUGCUGGCGGAUACUUGGCCGGUGGUGGUCACACCCCGAUGAGUGGAUUGUAUGGGAUGGCUGCAGAUCAAGUACUGGGCUUUGAAGUGGUGACCGCAGAUGGGAAGUUUAUCACUACGAACGAGCUCUCCAAUCUAGACCUCUUCUGGGCUCUACGUGGCGGAGGAGGUAGCACUUUCGGGAUCGUGACAUCCGCUAUUGUUAGAGUUCACCCCAAAGUCAACAUCGUGACGUCCACUUUCAGCUUUGGAACUGGCCCAACUGUCAGCAACGAAACAUUCUGGCUGGCAUUGCGUGCAUACUUCGAGGAGUUUAUUCAUUAUACUGACGCAGGCACAUAUUCCUGGUUCAUGGUGGCUUUGAACAACGGAUCCUAUCAGUUUACCAUGACACCAUUCUUUGCACCGAACCAUACUAUCGAAUCCUUCAACCUUCUCGUGAAGCCAUGGUUUGAUCGCCUGGAGGAACAGGGCAUCUCUGUGUCACCUAACACAACCUACCAUGAAGACUACUUAUCUGCGUAUAACGCGAACUUCGCCAUGCGAGACUCACCAUCUGGGAAGGACAAUGUGGGUCGAUCUUCCAGCAUGCCGGGGAAUCGACUGUUUCCUCGAGGCAACUGGGAGGACCCCGUCAAGUUCAACGCCACCUUUGCCGCCAUCCAACAGCUUGGGUCCAACCGUACUUUCUUCGGCUAUCAUCAGGCACCGCGCAACAGACUGGAUGUUGACAACGCCGUCAGUUCGGCCUGGCGCGAGACGAUCGCAUUUCUUAUCUCGAACGCUCCUGUCCCAGAUAAUGCGACGCCAUCGGAACUGAAGGCAGCGCACGAAGAGGUCAACGCUGUGUUAGAUCCGUGGCGACGAGUAGCACCGGCCAGCGAGGGUGGCGGGUCUUAUCUGAACGAGGCACACGUCAUGGAGCCGAACUGGCAGAAGGAGUUCUAUGGCGAGCAGUACGCUGAACUACUCCGCUUGAAGCAUAAGUGGGAUCCAAAAGGCGUCUUCUAUGCCACGACAGGAGUGGGGAGCGAAGAGUGGGAAGUGAGAACUGCCGACCAAGGUGUCCAAACACAGAAUGGGAGACUAUGUAAACUUUGACCAUUACAAGUCGAGGAGGCAGUGCCGCUAUUGUGAGUUGCCGACUCCUGACCCGUCAUAGUCCGAACCACAGUCCUAAGCGUCACGUUUUUCGUACUUCGGGCUUGUUCUGGACUCUCACAGGAAGCAAUUCUCUCUCGAAUUUUUUCCUCCUUGACUAUUAACUGGAGGUACUCCUUUCCAACUGACUACCAAUGUGCAUAAACU